UGAAACCAGAAAUCAUCGGCUUCGCAUGCGCGACUUUGAACAGUAAAGAUUUUUACAAGAAGCAAGAAAUCGCGUGGAUACCAGAGAUGAAAGUCAAGUAUCCAGAGACGCUCGUCGAGAGAGACGACCUCAGUCAAGCAGCCAAGGAUUGCGUACGUCACUUCCAUCAGUUUGAGAAUCAGGAGCGUGCGCCGGAGAGCGUGAUACGUUCCCAUCCUGCGUUACUCACGUGCUGUGUGUUGCCGCAAGCGAGCGAUCCGCUCGCCGCCGCCAGACUGCUCGCUUGUCUGCUCGCUGCGCUCAGAUCGCUUGGUGUUAAUGGCGUCCACGCGUGCAUAAACGCAACGGACCACUACCUACAUCAGUUCUACAGUAAGCUAGGUUUCGUGGAAGUGCACCGCGAGGAAAACGGUCGGGUAUAUCUAGCGCGCUCCUUCUAG